AGUACAGACUGCAAAAGUCAUACAAUUAUUUACUGCUUAGUAAUGCAGACAUCCGAAAGGAGAUAACACAAGUUUUAGAUACAGAAAGUUCUCGACACCAAAGUCUUCCCCUCCUCUUUCUCUCCACCAACAAUGACUCCUACUGACAAGGCAAGGCAAAUAAACCUGUUGGUGUUUAUAUUCUGCUUAUAUCCGAUGUCCGAUGUUCACGCAACGUGGUGGCUUUUGGGCAUGCCUAGCACGUACCAGAGUACAAUGGAGCUGAAUCCCACAUCUUACGCCAACCAAUGUAAGCAACUCUAUUAUCUUGUGGAACGCCAAAGAGAGCUGUGUAGUCUCAGCUACAAUAUCCUACAUACUGUAAGUCGAGGCGCCAAGAUUGGAAUAGAAGAGUGCCAACACCAGUUUCAGAUGAGUCGGUGGAACUGUACAACGUUUAACAAUAUCUCUUCCGUGUUUGGUGGAAUUUUAGCCAUUAAAAGCCGAGAAAAGGCAUACGUCUACGCAAUCUCUUCAGCAGGUGUAGCGUACAGCAUUACUCGAGGCUGCAGCACGGGGGAGCUAACGGUUUGUGGCUGUGACAAUCGAAUACGAAUACAGAACACAAGAGGGCGCUGGGAAUGGGGAGGCUGCUCGGAAGAUAUUGGGUUUGGGUCGAAGUUCAGUAGAGAUUUUGUUGAUUCUGGAGAAGAUACAUCUACAGAAGAAGGUUUAAUGAAUCUCCAUAACAACAGAGCAGGAAGAAUGGCACUAAAGAAAAACAUGGAACUGUUAUGUAAGUGUCAUGGAGUAUCCGGAUCUUGCUCCAUGAGAGUCUGCUGGAAACAGCUUAAGCCUUUCCGGCAGGUUGGAGAAUGGUUAACGAGGAAAUUUGAUGGAGCGACUCAUGUACAAAUAAUCAAGAAACACGAUACUUUGAGACUAGUUCCAUGGAAGAAAGACAUCAAAAAGCCAAGCAGAAAAGAUCUCGUGUAUCUAGAAGAGGCUCCAGAUUACUGUUACAGGAAUGAGACAUUAGGAGUUUUGGGAACCGAAGGGCGGCGCUGCAAUAACACGAGCUACGGAAUGGACGGUUGUCGGCUGCUGUGCUGUGGUCGUGGAUAUCACACCGUUGAGCGUGUUGUUGAGGAAAAAUGUAAUUGCAAAUUUGAAUGGUGUUGUAGAGUGGUAUGCGAAAAGUGUAGAUUUAAGCGGGAAGAACACUUUUGUAAUUAAAUACAACCAAAACGGUCUUCAGAUAUCAAUUAUAUCAGAAACUAGAGUGUAGAUAUUGACUUACGAACAAGAGAAAUUAAUAUUAAAAAGAAAAUGGACAAGAAACUUGCCACAUUCAAUACAAUUGCUGAAAGAACAAAACACGUUUCAUUUGGCGUGAUAGAAAG